GGGCGAGCCGGAGGGAGGAAGUGUAGGGCCGUCGCAGGGGUUCUUGGGGUCGUCGCUGUCGCCGCCUCGAGUCCUCCGUGGGUUCGAGCCAUGGAGCCGCCGCUCUACCCGGUGGCGGGGGCCUCGGGGCCACAGGGUGACGAAGACCGGCUGGGGGACCCCGACGGGCCCGAGGCCCCGCUGGACGAGCUGGUGGGCGCCUAUCCCAACUACAACGAGGAGGAGGAGGAGCGCCGCUACUACCGCCGCAAGCGCCUCGGUGUGCUCAAGAACGUGCUGGCGGCCAGCGCGGGAGGCGCGCUCACCUACGGCGUCUACCUGGGCCUCCUGCAGAUGCAGCUGAUCCUGCACUAUGAUGAGACUUACCGCGAGGUUAAGUACGGCGACAUGGGGCUGCCCGACAUUGACAGCAAGAUGCUGAUGGGCAUUAACGUCACACCCAUCGCAGCCCUGCUCUACACCCCAGUGCUCAUCAGGUUUUUUGGCACCAAGUGGAUGAUGUUCCUAGCUGUGGGCAUCUAUGCCCUCUUUGUCUCCACCAACUACUGGGAACGCUACUACACGCUUGUGCCCUCGGCUGUGGCUCUGGGUAUGGCCAUCGUGCCUCUUUGGGCCUCCAUGGGCAACUACAUCACCAGGAUGUCACAAAAGUAUUACGAAUACUCCCACUACAAGGAGCAGGAUGAGCAGGGGCUUCAGCAGCGUCCGCCACGGGGCUCCCAUGCACCCUAUCUCCUGGUCUUCCAAGCCAUCUUCUAUAGCUUCUUCCAUCUGAGCUUCGCCUGUGCCCAGCUGCCCAUGAUUUAUUUCCUCAAUCACUACCUGUAUGACCUGAAUCACACGCUGUUCAACGUGCAGAGCUGCGGCACUCACAGCCACGGCAUUCUCAGCGGCUUCAACAAGACGGUUCUGAGGACACUGCCGCGGAGCCGAAACCUCAUUGUGGUGGAGAGCGUGCUUAUGGCGGUGGCCUUCCUGGCCAUGCUGCUGGUGCUGGGUUUGUGCGGCGCCGCUUACCGGCCCACGGAGGAGAUCGAUCUGCGCAGCGUGGGCUGGGGGAACAUCUUCCAGCUGCCCUUCAAGCACAUGCGUGACUUCCGCUUGCGCCACCUCGUGCCCUUCUUUAUUUACAGCGGCUUUGAGGUGCUCUUUGCCUGCACUGGUAUCGCCCUGGGCUAUGGUGUGUGCUCUGUGGGGCUGGAACGGCUGGCCUACCUUCUUGUGGCUUAUAGCCUUGGUGCCUCAGUUGCCUCAGUCCUGGGCCUGCUGGGGCUGUGGCUGCCACGCCCUGUGCCCCUCUUGGCUGGGGCAGGGCUGCACCUACUGCUCACUCUCUGCCUCUUCUUCUGGGCACCUGUGCCUCGGGUCCUGCAACACAGCUGGAUCCUCUACAUGGCAGCUGCCCUCUGGGGUGUGGGCAGCGCCCUCAACAAGACUGGUCUCAGCACACUCCUGGGAAUCCUGUAUGAAGACAAGGAAAGGCAGGACUUCAUCUUCACCAUCUACCACUGGUGGCAGGCCGUGGCCAUCUUCAUCGUGUACCUGGGCUCCAGCCUGCCCAUGAAGGCCAAGCUGGUGGUGCUUCUGUUGACGCUGCUGGCGGCCGCGAUCUCGUACUUGCGGAUGGAGCAGAAGCUGCGGCGGGGCGUGGUCCCACGUCAGCCUCGUAUCCCGCGGCCACAGCACAAGGUGCGCGGCUACCGCUAUCUGGAAGAGGAUAACUCCGAUGAGAGCGACACGGAGGGCGAGCGGGGCGGCGUUGGCGGUGGCGGCCGGGGCGACAACGCAGAGGAGGAGGCGCUGCCCGCGGGGCACGGACCAGGCCCCGAGCCCGCGGGCCCCCACCGCCGGGCCUGCCCCUACGAGCAGGCGCUGGGGGGCGAUGGACCCGAGGAACAGUAAGGGGCAGCGGCCCCGACUCCGCCCUCGCCUUGUCGGCCUCAAUUCUCUGUGCCGCAGGUCGGGGGGCCUCUGUGGACGCUACGCUGUCUUCAGGUAGGACCCCUGGUCCCGCCACAGGUCUGGGGUCUCCUGGAACUUCCACAGCUCCGCUCCCCAAGCCCAGGGUCGGAAAGCGCACCGCAGCUACAGGGCUACCGCCCCCAGCAGGUCCAGCCGCGAGGGGCCAGGGACCUCCUGCAGUGCUUUACACCUCCUAUCCUCAGGUCCGCCAAAAGCCACGACUCUUUAUAAAAAAGCAAUAAAGAGAUUUUGUAUUGUA